UCCACGUGUAAUCUUGCCAAUGUUGCCAGCCCCGUGUUACGAAUUCAACGAGGCGAUCGAGGCAUUUGAUUACCUUUCCCGCUUCUUAAAAUUGUGAUUCCUUCGAAGGCAGCUAAAUACAAACAUACAAAAUAAAUCUUGUUGAAUCAUCGACAUGGGAUCAAUAUUCUUCUUCAUUUCUCUACGCGCCAUCCGAACUUAAUGACACAUCUAGAUAUUCCCUUUACCUGUGUAGGGUAGAGUUUGCCCCCUGAGGUCAUGCCAGCGCUCCCUUCGGCUUUACUACUUGAUACCCUUGUUACUCGGAAUUUAACCCUUGACUCUGCUGCAUCUUCCUUAGCUGCCACUACAACAAACGUCGAGAAUGCCUUACAAGUUGUAUGCGCCUGGCCUGUGUCGGGCCAAUAUGGCCCAGGGUCAAGAGUCUUGUACUACGUUCUUGUAGCAGCUUGUGUUAUUGCUCGAAAGGCUGAAUGGCUCAGAAGCGCUUGCUUGGCUGCUGCGUUGAUUUUCCCAGCUGUUGCCGCCAUCCAUGGAAUUGUCCUCGCCGCUGUGCAUGUUGAUGGCGCUGUUGAUAUGGACGUAUACGGAGCCUUCCAGUUUUGUUCGAUUGGAAUACUAGCAGCCCCUUUAACAGUUAGGAUAUCAAAGACCUACUUCAAUGACCCGGGCAGGAAUAUAAUCUUCCUUUGGACUGGCAUCGUACUUGCUGGCUUGCUGAGCUUAACCGUCGAAUUUUUCCGAGCUUCACCUUCGCCUUGUACACACGAUGAUGAUGGCAAUCCUAUUGACGUUAACGACCUUUUUGGCUUUCUCAAUGAAAAUGUCACCUGCAAUCUUACCUGUUCUAUCACCGCAGGUCCUUUCUCUCCCUUACGACAGAAUGCCACGAACGAAAUCUUCGUCAUACCGGCACCUACCAAACUUGCUUUCAACGCCGCCGUACUUCUUGCAGCUGCCUGUUGCAUUCCGGCCGUACUUUCGCUUGCAUCUAUGUGGAAUAAGAUUCUUGAGAUUAACUGGAAGUCAAGAUUUGGUCUAGGCGAUGGAGAUCAGUUAAUUGAAGGAACAAACGGUGCAACCGUUGCGAGGAUGAGCGGAGUUAAUGCCAUGGUUAGGUUAUUUUUGAGCACAUUGGAAAUACCUAUUUUCAGCGCUGCAGUACUUGCUAUCCUUAUAUUCGGCGAGCUGAACUUAUGGAGCAUUCAAGUUCUAUGGCAGACAGAGCCUAUUGCUAGUAUAGGUCAGUGGGCACCCAUAGUUGGUACAGUGCUAGCUGCGUUGGGAUCUCUGUAUGUGCUCCUGUCAGUAGACAUGGACGCCAUAAGUAAGGGAGAGAAACCGGAGCCUUUCACGCAUCACUGCAACUGCUCGCAUCAUCAUUUCGACGACCGGCAAUAUCCGAGCCCUCACCCCGACACAUCCUCUUCUGGGGGUAGUGUAAACACCGAAAGUGCACAUGAAUGUUCUUUGAACCAUAUAGAGCACACCUCGAGAAACUCCCCGUCUAUGCAAGAGGUUGGAAAUGGUGGCCUAUUUAUCGAUUCGUCUCACCCUAUUACGGCCCCAGGUGCUGCUCGUUUACGAUCGAGCUCUUCAAAUAGUAGGGGAGAAGCAUCGGCUGACAUCACAUCGACGGCAAAUACAACAGACAUAGGCCACAGGCGCAGGGUAUAUAGGUCGCUACUAAAGGUUAGCACUUACCUAGGUACUGCAAAUAAAAGCCAAUUUGACGACUCUGAAUUCAAACACGGAAAAGCGCUCGACUUUCCUGAAGUCCCUGCGGAGGAACAACGAAAUCCAGACCUACCACGGGUAAGAGAGGUCUACAACCAACAUCGCGAAGAUGAACUUGCGGCACUUAGCAAUCGGCCAUCGAGGGCAGGUAGCUUUGCGGGGAGUAUAUCCUCUAGAGUCAGCAUUGAAGAUUACACCAUAUCACGAGCAAUAUCAGCUCCACAUCCACCAUCUCGAGCUUCAUCGCCAUCACCUGCAAUGCGCGGUAUACGACACACCAGUACUUUACCAGUUGGACAAGGGUCUUCCGUAUCAACUAGAGGCAGAUCAAGGCAACGAAGUAACACACUCACGGUUCCUGAGCCGGAUAAUCAUAGUCGUGCGUGGAGCACCCGAGCAGUCAGCCCCGUGGCGCCAGCAUCACCUGUUUCUCACAUCGAGGCCUCCAAUGUGUUAGACAAUGGACCAGGCUCUCCUGCAAUUGUUAUAUCUCCUGUUUCUGGUACCAAUUCUACCGUAGAGGAACCUAUCACUCUCAGCCCCCCAAUCAUCCAACCGCCGCCCGAGUCAAAGCCACCACAUAUGAAAUCAUCGCCCCCGCCGACCUGAAACUAUCCAUCUUAACCCAUAUCAAUCACAUAUGAACAGCUUAACAAACUCUUCCAAUGAAUCCUUACAUGAACAACUUAAGAUACCGAAUCAUUUACCUGUUAUAUACAAUACACCAUAACUUAAUCACUUCCCCCUUAUAACCCCAACGUCCACCUCACAUGAACCUCCCAGUCAUAAAACUUCGAAAUUCUACAGGAAGCAUCUACGCUUCAACAUCACUACUAACAGCCACCUACACAACAACAGCAACCCGAUCGGAAAACAGCACGAGCACGACACGAAUGAAACGAAACGCCACGCCAUUACGAACAUCUAGAUACCUGGAAUGCAUUUACUGGUACAUACCUGCCUUCAUGUCAUAUUUAGAUUAGGCGUGAUGCCUAGGUAUAUAGGAUAUAGGAUAUAAAGACAAAAGUCUAGGAUAAAGGGGGACAAGGUAUAUGUUUAUGCUACAUAUGUAUAUAUAUAGGUAAAUAUAAAUAAGAACUUUCAAUAAUCCAAA